AUGCCCGCAAGUAAGAGAACAGACAGCCCGGCGCCAAAAGCCACUCCGGGCAAAACUGUCCAGACCGAGUCCUCAUCGCCGCCAGGGAAAGUCGUCCGCAAGCAGACGCGUCCCAUCGGCGAGUUCUAUGGCAACAUUGGCACAGGCUUUUGGACCUUCUUUAUUCCGGCUGCAAUCUACUACUUUUAUGGGAUCAUGGUGAUGCAUGCCGGACGACUUGUGAUUCCAAGCCCUAGCUUCUGGUAUGACCUCGUCUAUGCCCUUCCAGACGGCCUUUCGAUCAAGCCGUGCUGGGGGCCGACAGUAGUGUCCUUGACCUGGGUCUGCUGCCAAGCUCUCGGAGAAAUACUCCUUCCAGGGAAGAUGAAAGAGGGUGUGAUGCUCAAGAAUGGGCGCAAGUUGAUCUACCCGAUGAACGGUCUGUUGUGCUUCUUCCUGAGCCACGUGGGCUUGUACCUGGCAUGCUCCUAUGAGAUCAUCCCGCCGUACUACGUCUUUGCAAACAUGGGCGCGCUGUUGACGGAGGCUGUGAUCACCAGCUAUGUCAUGGCCUUGUGGUUAUACGUCGACUUCGGCAUCUUCUGGAGUCGUCACACGGACGAUCCAGAGUUCGAAGAGGAUCAUGGCGUGUUCCACUUCAAGGACUUCUUCAAUGACUUCUUUAUGGGCGUCGUCCGCAACCCGCGCAUGUUUCAUGGUAUCCUCAAGGUCCCGUUUGACCUGAAACGAUUCUGGAAUGCCCGCCCCGGUCUCACCGGAUGGGUGAUCUUGAACAUCUCCUAUCUGGCCAGCAUGUACUACAACUGCAAGCUGCCGACGGCAUACGGGGCCAGCGACUCCUUGUUCUUUGGAGACCACGAGGUCAAGUCAGCACAGAUCCAGGCUAUCUUCAAAGGGAAGAGCCCUGACUCUUUCUGCGAUGAGACAGGCUCCCUGGAGAACAUUGGCCUUGCGGCGCUUUUCAUCACCUUUGCCCACUGGUACUAUAUCUUUGACUACAACCUUGUGGAGCCAGCCUACUUGACCACGACUGACAUUCGCCAUGACCUCUUCGGCUUCAUGUUGACAUACGGUGACUGGGGAUUCCUGAGCCGCUUCUACCCUAUCUGCUUCAUGGGCUUUUUGGCCCAGCAGGGAAGUCAGAACAAUGGCUACAUCACCAAGAACUACGUGUUUGCGGGCAUUGGCGUCUGCAUGUACCUGUUCGGAAUGGUCCUGUUCCGGGUGACAAACAUCGAGAAGCACCUCUUCAGAGAUCAUAUGAACAAUGGAGGUUCUGCAGACAAGUACCGCUCGCCAUGGAGCACUCGAAUCUUUUUCGGCGACAAGAAGCCCGAGUUCAUCAAGACGAAGGAAGGCUCGCUGUUGCUAACCUCCGGUUACUGGGGCUUGGCGCGCCACUUCAACUACAUCGGCGACCUCACGAUGUGCAUUGGGUGCUUUGGCUGUCCGUAA